UAUGAAUCCUGUUAAAACUAAGCUUUUACAGAUUUUGUUUUGAUUGGCAUUCUGCUCAAUAUGUUGAGCACUCUAUGCCCAAUAUUUUUAUCCUAUUUCUGAAACAAAUACUCCUGACAACACUCAUAAUUUAAGUUAUGAUACUAGAGGUCAGGAAUUGGAAACAAAAAGAGAUUUGAUCGAUACAUAUCCAGACUCUCCUCCAAGACAUUUAGCAAGAUAUGAUGAUUAUGAUAUUUCCAUACUCAUUUUUGCUUCUCUAUUCGUGAGCAUAUUGUUCUUGCCCAACUUUAUCACCUUUUUCACUAUCAUUGGCCAUUUCAGAAUACUGAUGCUGCUGACUCUUGUUCUUGAAGUAACUGACUUUAGUCCGGGUAUUCUGAAUUUUCUUACAAAGCGAUCUUACGCGUUAUUUACAUUCCAACAGCUACCUGACGGAUGGUUCAAUUUGCUCGGUGAAAUGACAAAGGUCAAGGCUACUAUUAACCAGCCAAUGACAGAUAAUAGCUAUCUAAAGCUAGAUUAUUACUCUGCUAGCUCAGCGGAAGUUCACUACAAACUAUUUACCAUGAUAGUGUAUGUCAUAAUAGCUUACAUCUCGCUGUUACUGUUGCCCUACAUUCUUUAUUUUAUCCCAGGAUUGAUAUUCAAAUGCUUAUGACAGAAUGAACGAUUCUCAAACAAAAGAAGAGAAAUGAAUCAACUCAAGAAAUACCGUGAGGAGCAACAGGAACAAGAACUAAAAGAGAGAAAAUAAAGAGAGAAUAAAAAGAGUAAAGACUAUUUUGAAUGAUGUGGAGAAGAAGAGAAGAACUAAGUUUACUAACUCCACUGCUACCUUAAUUAAUCCUUAUCAAGGAGAUGAAGAGAGCAGUAUUGAAAAAGAGGUCUCUGAAGUAAAAGAUCCCAUUGAAGAAAAUAAGGAAGACGACUAUAUCGCUAACCAAAGAGACGAGACUACUGACAACAUUAUUUCUAACAAAAAUGUCAAGACACUCUUCUUGAACUCAGAUGAUAUUGAAAAUUACAACUCACAAAACUCUGGAGCAAACAAUUAUCGAAAUAGAAUUGAAGAGAGGAAGCAAAGUAUCAGCAUCAUACACCAAGAGGCAGACCAGAGCAAUAAGAAGAAAAAUAGAAAAAGAAGAAAAUCAUUUCCUAAUGUGAACCCAGAACAGAUUGGACAAAUAGAAAUUAUAAAGAAGAUCACACUCAAAAUUGGUAUAAGGGACCUUUUUUAUUCGCUAAAAGAGACAUUGUAUUGUUGGACAGCAAUAAUUGACAUAUUUAUCCGAUUCGUGAUAGAAUCAUAUUUUAGCGUCAUGCUGAUAAGCCUAUAUGAAAUUAAGCACUUCCUAGGCUCAAGCAAAGGUCAAACCACGUCCCUGUACAUUGCUUUUGGGAUUUUAGGAUUUUACUUAGUGUUAUUUUUAUGCAUAAUGGUCACUUUUGCACUGUAUCUGGCCCCAAACAGCAAGUUUGUAAAGGGCUUACAACUGGAUGGUUAUUUAAGACUACUGUUUUAUAAGAUAAAGAAGAACCCUAUGUCAAAAAGUUACUAUACAAUGAAUAUGAUCAGAAUCAAGCUUAUGAUAUGCUUUGUUAUAUUUUCUGGACUAAAGCCACUCCCUUUGCUUUUAAUCUUGCUGAUAGUUCAGGGAUGCUAUAUUGGACAACUCAUUGCUUACUCGAAAUUUUCAAGCUUUUUACUCAACCUCAAUGAAUGCAUUAUUGAGAUAUCAGUAUUUGCCUCAAUCAUAUUCAUGUCUGCAUUUUAUAAAUCUGAUGACUGGGAAGAUGAAAAUUCAUUCAUUUCAGAGCUGUUUGCUUGGACUAUCCUUGGAUGAAUCAUAAUUGCCAUCAUCAUUCAGAUUUUCAACUUAAUUUAUUCCUAUCUGAGAUUUUUCAGAGUAAAAUUUUCAAAGAAAGAAAAAGAAGAAGGCGUUAAACUAGGAGAGAUGAAAAUUAUUAUUGAGCAUCCUUCUUUCAAAGUCCCCCCAAGAAAACAAAAUUCCUUGCUAAAUGCGAAGGUUAUUCUCAAAGUAAAUAAAGCUCCCACAGUAUAUUCAAGCUUGGAACCAACCUUGGGAAGCUGACCGAAUUUUAUAAGAAUGAAGGACUCAGGAAGCUAUAGAAAACGAAGUCAAGGUGGUUCAAGUAAAUCAACGGAGAAAAGAUUAGUUUCUAAUUUGAAACUUCAAAAGUCACACAAAACUGAAAGACAGCUUGGGGAAAAUGAUAUUGUAGUCCAUCUCCCUGAUAAAUUCUUCAAUAAACCUUUCAGCGUAAAAAUUGAUUGAGGAAAAUAAAACAAAAGAAGUAAGAAAGACAAUUGUUAGAAGAUUUAAAUCAGCUCCAAAACGCAAAAAGAAAAUGUUUAAAGAGUUAAAAUAAAUUAAGAAAAAGUAUUAUAAAACAAGAAGAAGCUGAACAGAAAACAGUCAGGCUAAACAAAUCAAGAAAAUCUUCCAAAAUUCAACCUAGAAAGAAGAGUUCUAAGAAAAUAAAGUCCACAAAUAAGCACUGGAUCAAAAGACAAUUUUCAACAAAUAAAAGACAUCUAGCAAGAGGAAGAGGCACUAGAAGAAAGGAAAAUUCAAAGAAGAAAAAGUUAGACACCCAGUAUUCUGAACAUUCAGAAAGAAUGGAAAAUUCUUCACCUGAAUCUCCUCCAAAUAAUCACGAGGAAAACAAGCUGGAGGCUAGAUUUGAGUCUGAAUCUAGUAUCUUCCAGCUUGGACCAGAACACUUUCAAAACUUUCCUAAUGAUAGAGUUGACAGAGAAAGAGAGGAUGAAGAAAGAGAAAGCAAAAGGAAGAAAGCCAAAUCAAAAAUAGAUUUAGCAAAUUGAAAUGAUGACGAAAAGGUUGGCUUUUUAAAAGCUUUCAAUCAAACUACCGAACGAAGAUCCUCAAAAGUUAAUUACAGAAAGAACGCCUCCAAAAAGAUAGAUUUGCAGAAUAAAUCAGUAGAUCCUCAUGUUAGAUACAUGAGAUACGAAAAUAAACAUAAAAUUAAUAGAUAUUUAAAAGAGGAGACUAAGGACGAUAAAUACAAUAAUGAAUCAUCAAUUAGCACUCAGUCAAAGAAAACUCCUUCUAAAUUUAGAAAUGAUAAUAGUAGAGCUACAAAAGGAGCAGUACUAAAGGCUGCUGGUAAAAGCAUUUUCAAUCCUGAUCUCUCGCUCCACUCAAAAUAUGAAUCGGCAGAGGAUCACUCAGCAAAAGGUAAUGGCAAGAAUUCCUUAGGGUUAUUUAUACCAAAGAAAGGCUCAGGAGAUAAUUAUUAGAAUGGAUUGUAAUUCUUCAACGAG